ACCGUUAUAGGGAAAGUUCUUAAUCUUGCAUUUUAUUUUGACAACCAAUAAUUAACCCUAGUACGUAUCACUACAACCGUCUGUUUAGCAGAUGUGGAACUCUAAUCCAGUAACGACAAAGUCUCACGACGAAGAUGAUUCAUGGGAGGUGAAAGCCUUUGCGGAGGACACCAAAAAUGUCAUGGGAACUACAUGGCCGCCACGGUCCUAUACUUGCACAUUUUGCAAGAGAGAAUUCCGAUCAGCUCAAGCUUUGGGUGGUCACAUGAACGUGCACCGUCGUGAUAGGGCUCGGCUCCACCAAUCCCAACCUAACUUGAAAACCCCUAAUUUGCCUUCUUCUACUACUUCUUCCACUCUCUUGAUUCCAACUCAAGAACUUGUUACAAAUGGUGGCUUGUGUCUUCUCUACUCUAUACCAAACCCUAAUGCUAUUUUCAAAACUUCAUCUUUAAACACUAUGAAAGCCGUGGCUCCUCGUCCCUUCAAUUCUUCCCUCUCUAAUUCUAGCAACAUGGAGGCAUCAACACCAACAAACUAUAAAAGCAACACAAAAGUUAGUAUUGACAAGAAAAGGAAAAAGACUGAUUCAACAGUUGAAGGUAUCGACUUGGAGCUUCGUCUGGGAUCGAUGUAGCUUGUUGGCUUCUUGAAACACAUACAUGGCGUGUUUUUUGUGUGUGAAUGCAUGUGUGUUUCUUUCCUUAUUUUUGUUCACAAGCUUUUUAUUAGAAAACGUUUGAUUUUUUGAUUUGUUGUUCAUGAAAGGAUAUUGUAUACUAAAAAGAAAUAGAGGGAGUUUAGUUGAAC